CGACACCCGCCCCACUAGAGCGCGGCGGCGCGGAGCGAAGCGGAGUCCGAUAGAAGCGCGGCCGCCGCCCGCCACGCCGCCCCUGCCCGCCCUCGCUCUGCGGCCCGCGCCCCCUCAGCACCAUGUCGGUAGAGCUAGAAGAAGCCGAUCUGCCUCUGACCGAGGCGGAGGAGUUGCCCCUGUCUCCGGAAAAGAAAGCGGCCGCUAAGAAAGCGAAAGGCGGCGGCUCGUCGCUUUCGCCGUCGAAGAAGAAAAAGAACAACAAGAAGAAGAACCAGCCAGGCAAAUACAGUCAGCUGGUGGUGGAGACCAUCCGCAAGCUGGGCGAGCGCAAUGGCUCCUCGCUGGCCAAGAUCUACAACGAGGCCAAGAAAGUGUCCUGGUUCGACCAGCAGAACGGCAGGACCUACCUGAAAUACUCCAUCAAGGCGCUGGUGCAGAACGACACGCUGCUCCAGGUCAAGGGCACCGGCGCCAACGGUUCCUUCAAGCUCAACAGGAAGAAGCUGGAAGGCGGCGGCGAGGGGGGCGCGGGCAGCAGCGCCCACAAGAAGGCGACGGCCUCCACGUCCCGGCGGGCGGAGAAGCCGGCAGCCAAAAGCAAGAAGCCCGAGAAGAAAUCGCACAAGAAAGGAGCCAGCGGGGCGGCGGCGAAGAAGGACAAGGGCAAAGCCAAGAAGGCCACCAAGAAGGGAGCCGCGUCCCCCGGCGCCAAGAAGGUAAAGAAGUCCGCAAAGCCCAAGGCACUCAAGAGCAGGAAGGCAUGAGAGCGGGGCGCAGCGAGCCCCCGCCGCCCCCCGGACUGUGAGCCCCGCCGCACAGACUGCUCUGAGGACGGACCCCCGGGGACCCGCUUUGUCUUUGUGUUGCUGACUCGGCUCCGCAGCCGCCGCCGUGCGCGGUGAGCGGGGCUGCGGCUGCCCCAGCACCCCCUUCCCCCUCUCCGCCGCCUUAUUUUUUUCCAUCCCCCACCCCGGGGCUUCUCCCCGAUCGCGCCCUUUUGUUUCCGGCCGUGCCCCUCCCCGCGCGUAGACAGUCCCCGACUCUCCCUCCCCCUAUUUUUCCCCGGUGCUUUACAGGGAUGUUUCCCGCCCGGUUUCCAUAGCAGCCGUUUCGCGGCGGCGCCCCCGCUGCCCCCCGCGCCACGUGGGCCGGGCUCCCGCCGCCCGGGCCCGCUCCGCGCGCGCGCCCCGCCCCUCGCGCCGGCCGCCCGCGCCGCCUCGGCGCGAUUUCGAAAAGCCACGGCGCCCCCUAUUGGCUCCCGGGUCCCCGCUGCCAUGGUAACGGCCCGUUGGGCGCCAAUUGGCUGCCGCGGCGUCCGGCCGCUCGUGACGGGGCCGGCGCGCGCGGGCUGGCCGCCCGCCCCCUGGCGGAGCAGCCCGCGGGGCCCCUCGGGCCGCCGGCGCAGGUUGCGUCUUCAAUAAUGGCCUUUAUAAUUUUUUUUAAAAUCGGUUUUGAGUUAGUUUUGGUUAUUUUUUGGGGAGGGUGGUUUUGGGUUGUUUUUUUUUUUUUUUAUGUUUCCGUUAUUUUUUUUUCAUUUAUCGUCGUUUCAAAAUAAAUUGUUACAAAACGUCA